GUUUUAUGUAAUCCUUCUAGUAUGAACACAGUGCAAAAGCUUACUAAUCCACAUGAUGACCUUCAGAGCUUGACUAUUUCUUAUCAUUUCGUUGUAAAUGUGUAUUAAGAUAAACAAAUUAAAAUGGAAUACAGAGUACUGAAUCUUUGUACUAUAGAACCUACAGAAUAGUUCAGAGUGUCACAAGUAUGUUUUUAAACUCUUCAUAUUUGUAUUUCUGUGGUAUAUUUAUGACAACCUUAUCCUAACCUAAUAAAAGUCAAAGUGGAAUAUGCAUCUAGUUAAGUAGUUUAGUUACUGUAGGUUUAAGGAAAUAUGAAUUGGUUUAUGUAGAAAUGGAAAUUAAAAGUGAAGAUGCAGUUUUAUUGUUCCAAAAACGAAGUACAAAAAUUUUUUCGUCGUUUAGUAAAUCAAAGUUCAUAGAAAUAGAACAAGAGUUUCAGCAAUUGAAUGAUACUUUAGUUCAAGUAAAAGCAGAAAUUGAGGAUCCGAAAGAUCCUGAUGGUCUCGGAUUUAACAUAAAUAUUAAAACUGAAAACGUAGAACCUAUUUCUAACAAUUAUAAUGUGUGUAAGAGGCAGGCACAGCUAUUUCGACAUCAACACUAUGUACAGAAUAUUUGUCCAGUAUGUAGAAAAAGAUUUUCAUCAUUUGGAAAAAGAAAGAAGCACUUUAUGACUCACUUUUAUUUGCCUUCAAGCUUUAAGACAAAAAAGAACUGCUUUGGACGCUGCCUUUUUAUUUGCAUUUUUUGUGGAGAGAUUUGCAUAUUGAAACAUGAAAUAGCUAUACACUGUUUCAGUCAUAAAACAAAGAAAUUAACAAAACUGACACAGAACAGUCUUUACUGUAGUAACAAAAUAAUUCCACUAUUGAGGAAAAUAAAAAAUGAAGUUGACAUUGAGUAUAACAAUUUUACUAUAAAACAAGAACCUCAGAAAAGUGUACCAAUACGAGUACCAAAAUGUGAAGUAUGCCUGAGACAAUUCAAAUCGGAAGCAAGUUUGAAUAGACACUUAACUUAUCAUAAAAAAAAUCAUACAUGUAGAAUAUGUUUGAAAAUAUGUAAGAGUGCGUAUGGUCUAAAACGUCAUCAGAUUAGCCAUUCUUCCCUAAAAUUAUUUAAAUGUGAUUUUUGCUCAAAAUAUUUCAAAUCUAAGAAUAGUUUGAAUGUUCACAAGUCUUUAAAUUGUUCGAAAAAAUAUUGCUUGAAAAGAUAUUUUUCCAAAACGGCAUUACAUAGUCAUUCUUGUAAUCCAAAGUCAAUUGAUUGCACUGAUUGUGGGAAGCUUGUUUCUCCUAAAUCUAAUCUAAAUGUACAUUUAGAUACUCAUACUGAAAUGAGACCUUAUAAAUGUAAACUAUGCCCUAAAAUGUUCAAAUAUCCUCAAGAUUUGAAGCGUCAUCUUCUAUAUCAUUCAGGAGAAAAACCUUUUGAGUGUAAUAUUUGCCAGAAGCGAUUCAGGCUGAAACAGCAUUUAACUCGUCAUAUGUACUGUCAUAAUGAUGAGAAACCAUUCAAAUGCGAAAUAUGCUUUAAAACAUUUACACAAAAAUAUGGUUUGGUGUAUCAUUUUCGUCGACAUACAAGCGAUACUCCGUUUAAAUGUAAUAUUUGUUCCAAUGCAUAUACCGAGAAGAAAAUGUUGGAUUAUCACGUUCUGAGUCAUACAGGCGAUAAACCUUUUGUAUGUGCCGUUUGUUCGAAACGUUUUAAACAGAAGCAAGAUUUAAAACGACAUUCACACAUCCACACAGGAAACAAAUCUUUCAUCUGCGCCAUUUGUGGAAAAUGUUUUGCACGUAAAGAAUACUUGAAUGACCAUUUGCGUACUCAUACUGGAGAAAAACCAUAUCAGUGUAAUAUAUGCCUAAAACGGUUUUCUUUUAGAAGAAGUUUGAGUUUACAUAUGCCCAGACAUAUAAAAGAAAAAUCUGGGUGACUACGAACUGGAAAAAAACAAACGCCAGAAAGUAUUAUUUUCAUUAAGAAUAUUGGAAUUUUGUUUAGCUUUUGUUUUGUUAUUUUAAGAACCAAUAAUAAAAUGGGCAAUGGAAAA